CUAAUAUGUUCUUAGCUUUUUUUUUCUUAUUGCCAUGUGAGAGUUCUGACACAUUCUAUUCUUCUUCUAUUGUUUCCCUUUACUUCAUAUUUUGCUGGUUUAUUCGCUUGACUCACUAACUCGGCGAGUCAAUGAAUGGCCUCAUCCUCACGAGCAAGGAGUAGCUCGCCAUUUUCACACCGGAAACCCUCCACUCCACACUCCUCUUCUUCCUCAUCUUCUUCUUCCUUCACCAACGGACGGUUAAUGCCUCGCUCCUGUUCUUCUACGUCGUCGUUUUUUAACUCCGGUGGUGGUGGACUCAGUGGCCGAUCCAUGACUCCGAAUCGCGGUCACAGUGAGUUGACCUUCUACGGUUAUGGUAGUCCUUCACCGGUGGAGUUCGGGAUGGAGGAGGUGAUCAUGGAACCUGUGGAUUCGUCCAGGUCUCGCGAUAGCAUUUCGGUCACGAUUCGGUUCAGACCAUUGAGUGAAAGGGAGUAUCAGAGAGGGGAUGAUAUCGCGUGGUAUGCGGAUGGUGAUACGAUUGUGAGAAAUGAAUAUAAUCCAGCUACUGCUUAUGCAUUUGAUAGAGUGUUUGGGCCACAUACAAAUUCUGAUGAGGUGUAUGAAGUAGCUGCAAAACCUGUAGUGAAGGCUGCCAUGGAAGGGGUCAAUGGAACUGUGUUUGCCUAUGGUGUGACGAGUAGUGGUAAGACACAUACUAUGCACGGAGAUCAAAAUUCUCCUGGCAUCAUACCACUGGCUAUAAAAGAUGUUUUCAGCAUUAUCCAAGAUACUCCAGGAAGAGAGUUCUUACUCCGAGUGUCAUAUCUAGAAAUAUACAAUGAGGUAAUAAAUGACUUGCUUGACCCGACUAGCCAAAAUUUACGUGUUAGAGAAGAUGCACAGGGAACUUAUGUGGAGGGUAUAAAGGAAGAAGUUGUUUUGUCUCCCGGACAUGCUCUUUCCUUUAUUGCUGCUGGAGAAGAACAUCGUCAUGUUGGAUCAAACAAUUUUAACCUCUUUAGCAGCCGAAGUCACACAAUUUUUACACUAAUGAUUGAAAGCAGUGCCCAUGGUGAAGAUUAUGAUGGAGUGGUCUUCUCUCAGCUUAAUUUGAUCGAUCUUGCUGGAUCUGAGAGCUCGAAAACUGAAACAACUGGAUUAAGAAGAAAAGAAGGAUCUUACAUAAACAAAAGUCUUCUGACACUUGGAACUGUUAUUGGAAAAUUGAGCGAGGGAAAAGCAUCUCAUGUUCCAUAUCGAGACUCAAAGCUUACCCGCCUCCUGCAGUCUUCACUUAGUGGGCAUGGCCAUGUUUCACUAAUCUGCACUGUAACUCCGGCAUCCAGUAAUUUGGAAGAAACUCACAAUACCUUGAAGUUUGCUAGCAGGGCCAAGAGAGUAGAAAUAUACGCCUCACGUAAUAAGAUUAUUGAUGAAAAAUCUCUAAUUAAGAAAUACCAGAGAGAAAUUUCAGUCCUCAAACACGAACUUGAUCAGCUGAAGAAAGGGCUUCAACUUGGUGUCAACCACGAGGAAAUUAUGAGCUUAAAGCAAAAGUUGGAAGAAGGUCAAGUGAAAAUGCAGUCAAGAUUGGAAGAAGAGGAAGAAGCGAAGGUUGCUCUUAUGAGUCGGAUACAGAGGCUAACCAAGCUCAUUCUGGUUUCAUCAAAGAAUGCAAUUCCGGGAUAUCUAUCUGAUGCUCCCAGCCACCAUCGAAGUCACUCCGUUGGCGAGGAUGAUAAAUUUGAUGCCCUACGUGAAGCAUCUCUUUUGAUCGAAAAUGAGAGUCAAAAAGAUGUUUCCACUGUGUCAUCUGAUCCGUCUCAUGAUGUUAGACAUAGAAGAUCGUCAAGUAGACCAAACGAAGAACUCUCUCCAACUAGCAGUAUCAUCGCUGAAUCGACGCAAGCUGGUGAACUCAUCAGCAGAACAAGGAAACCAGCGGGAGGGAUGGCAAUGUCUGAUGAGAUGGAUCUUCUAGUCGAGCAAGUCAAAAUGCUAGCUGGAGACAUUGCUUUCAGUACCAGCACUCUGAAACGCUUAAUGGAGCAGUCUGUAAAUGAUCCUGAAAGCUCCAAAACACAGAUUGAGAACUUGGAACAAGAUAUCCAAGAAAAAAGGAAGCAAAUGAGGGUUUUAGAACAAAGAAUAAUUGAAAGUGGUGAAUCUUCCGUAGCUAACUCAUCAGUGGUUGAAAUGCAGCAGACAAUCACAAGAUUAAUGGCUCAGUGUGAUGAAAAGGCCUUUGAGCUGGAGUUAAAAUCUGCAGACAACCGUGUCCUUCAAGAACAGUUAAAUAAUAAGUGUUCUGAAAACAGAGAACUGCAAGAAAAGGUGAAGCUGCUAGAGCAGCACCUGGCAACAGUUACAGUUGGUACCUCGUUAGUGCUAGUAGAUCAAUGUCCAUCUGGAGAAAACAUAGAUGAGUUGAAAAGGAAAAUACAAUCCCAGGAGAUUGAAAAUGAAAAACUGAAGCUAGAGCAAGUUCACUUGUCAGAAGAGAAUAGCGGUUUACAUGUGCAGAAUCAGAAACUCUCUGAAGAAGCUUCUUAUGCCAAAGAAUUGGCCUCUGCGGCUGCUGUGGAAUUGAAGAAUUUGGCAGGGGAAGUGACAAAACUUUCCUUGCAGAAUGCAAAGUUGGAGAAAGAAUUGAUGGCUGCUCGAGACCUGGCCAACACUCGAAAUGCUGUUGUACAAACAGUCAAAGGAGUUAGCCGCAAGUAUAAUGAUGCAAGACCUGGGAGGAAGGGGAGAAUUUCUAUCCGUGCUAAUGAACCUUUGGGAGUUGGUAUGGAUGAGUUUGAGUCGUGGAAUCUUGAUGCUAAUGAUUUGAAGAUGGAGCUGCAGGCUCGGAAACAGCGAGAGGCAGCACUUGAGGCUGCAUUAGCUGAAAAGGAAUUUGUGGAAGAGGAGUACAGGAAAAAGUUUGAGGAGGGCAAGAAAAAAGAAGCCUCCUUGGAGAAUGAUUUAGCAAAUAUGUGGGUUCUUGUUGCUAAGUUAAAGAAAGAAGGAGGUGCUAUCCCAGAAUCAAACAUUGACGAAAAAAAUGUUGAUGUAGAAGCACAUACAAAUGAUCUGAAACCUAAUGACAUUGAAAGUAGUAUUCUCCCCAAGGAGCAUAUUUUAACAGAUGUAUCAAAAACAGACAAUGAAAUUCCCCAGGCAGAGCCUUUGGUUGUUCGUCUUAAGGCACGCAUGCAAGAGAUGAAGGAAAAAGAAGUCAGGCACCUUGGGAACGGAGAUGCCAAUUCCCAUGUUUGUAAAGUAUGUUUUGAAUCUUCAACUGCAGCAAUUCUUCUUCCAUGUCGUCAUUUUUGUUUGUGUAAAUCUUGUUCACUUGCUUGCUCUGAAUGUCCAAUAUGCCGCACAAACAUUGCAGAUAGGCUUUUUGCUUUUACAUCUUGACUCUUUAAAUAAAAGGGAUCUAUCUCAUUGAACUAAUAUAUCCAUGAUCGAGGGUGCAAUUCUUUCAUCAGUUUACUUGCAUGUAAAACUGUUAAAAAAGGUAUAUUGUUAGUAUCUCUUUUCUUUUACUUUACCCUGCAAACCGUAUAAAUAGGGGGAGACCAACGGGUGGGAAAACGAAUGUAAAAAGGAAAAGGUG